AUGUAUCCCGCCAUGAACCCAGGCAAUAUCGAGUCUCACCUGAGUGAAUCGGGCAGUUCAUCUCGCAGAAAACCUCGCGAUGAUGCAGCUACGGGCGCCUCGGCGGCCGGUGUCCGUGCAGUCAGCGCUCAGAUGGUGGCGUUCUAUUUCAGGGCACCUAUCAAGGCCUUUUUUCGCACGCGUGUUGAUUACAUGGCAUUCGCAAGAGCCGUGAACCCGCGUGUCGCCGAAGGCAAAUGGUCAUUGCAUACCACCACACCAGGGUUGCUGCUCCACGCUGUUCGGACCUAUGGCUGGAGCUUUAUCCCCAAUCAAGUCUUGCCCCCCUUGAUGGCAAAUGCCGGGGUCGGCGCCGUUCUCUACACCUCUUAUCUCCAGGUCCUGGGAGCGCUUCAUGAACCCGUGUCCCAAGGAGUCAAGCGAGUCUGGCCUCCGGCCCCUCCAUCUGCCACCUUUGUUGCGGGUUUCUCUGCCGGUGCCAUCCAGUCGGUGGUAGCGGCUCCUCUCGACGCUCUCCAGGUUCGACUGCAGACCAGCGACAUGCUGGAGGGCCAGUAUCGGAGCAUGUGGCACUACGGCCACCAUAAGCUCCAACAGAUCGGUCUCCGUGGGAUCUUUGCGGGCUGGGGUCUCUCGUUCCUGCGUGACUCGUUCGGCUCGGCCGUUUUUUUCUCGGCCUUUGAAUACGUCAAGUCACAAUCGUAUUACUCUUUCGUCACCUGGUACUACGGACGCCUCCACACCGACCGCCUGGACGUCCUUCCCAGCUCUGGCUCCAGCGACCGCGGCGUGCCUCUCAUCAAACCCCACUACGCAUUGGAGCCUUGCUUCCUAAUGAUGGCCGGAGUGGUGGCCUCGGUGGCCCAGCAAGCCAUCCAACAUCCGCUAAGUACGAUCCAGGACCUUCACCUCGGCCGGCUGGAAUAUCUGGACCACCAGGCCAGCCUCGACCCUUCCCGAGCUCAGAUGCUGCGGCUCUACUACCACGCCUACCAGGAAACCCUAAAGCGCUGCCGACGCAAGGCUGCCCGGGCCGGGGGUGGCGGCCGUGGCUGUUCCGCGGCUUUGUGGGCAAUGCCCUCCGCCAGCCCCCCCACCACCGCCAUCAUUCCUCCCUCAGCGUCUUCAUCCCCACGCGGCUCUAUUAUUCCCCUCCGCUCCCUCAACGACUCCCCUUCCCCAGAUCGAUCCAUCAAGGUGCUGGAGUCCGCCAGUGAGAAGGGCAGCCGACGCUCUUCUCAUUCGUCUGCCCGCUCGGACUCGGACUUCUCUAUUUGGUCGGAUACUGGGGACCUUGCUGAGCAGCUGGCCGAAACUGAGGAUCCGCUUCAGAUCCGCCUCCGCAAGUCUGUGGACCGGGAGCUCUUGGGUCGCCGAGGGCGAAGGAAACACUCGAAGCGGGUCCACUAUCCCCCAGACCUCCAAGACGGCGUCGACCUCGAGAAGAUCGAAAUCCCCAACCCCCCUCCGCGCCGUAUUUCCAAGGUCGAGCGUUUCUUAGCCAUCGCCAUGUCCCCAAGCACCCGUCAGAAUGCGCAAACCCAUGGCUUGGUGGGAAAGCCACUGCUCUACUUCACCAGCGUUUUUGUAUCAUUAGGCGUAUUUCUGUUUGGCUAUGACCAGGGGGUGAUGUCGGGCAUCAUUACUGGCUGGUACUUCAAAGACUACUUCGACCAGCCCUCUCGGGCGACCAUUGGGACCGUGGUUGCCAUCUUGGAGGUUGGCGCAUUCAUUGCCUCGCUCUUGGUCGGCCGCAUAGGAGACCUCAUUGGCCGUCGACGGACCAUCCUGUACGGCUCGGCCGUGUUCUUCAUUGGGGGUGCUUUUCAGGCAUUCUCGACCGGGAUGCCCAUGAUGAUGGUGGGACGCAUUAUUGCCGGUCUCGGUGUCGGUGCGCUGUCGACCAUUGUGCCUGUCUACCAGUCUGAAAUUUCGCCGCCCCACAGCCGAGGAAAAUUGGCUUGUAUCGAAUUCACCGGGAAUAUCUCUGGAUACGCGGCCAGUGUCUGGGUCGACUAUUUCUGCAGCUUCAUUGACAACAACUACUCAUGGCGCCUCCCACUAUUGUUCCAGUGCGUGAUGGGUGCACUUUUGGGCGUUGGGAGCCUGAUUAUCUGUGAAUCGCCGAGAUGGCUUUUGGAUAAUGACCAUGACGAGGAGGGCAUGGUGGUAAUCGCCAAUCUGUAUGGUGGAGGCGACUUGCACAAUGACAAAGCCCGCCAGGAGUAUCGUGAGAUCAAAAUGAAUGUGCUCCUGCAGCGUCAGGAGGGCGAGCGCUCAUAUAUGGAUAUGUUCCGUCGGUAUCGCAAGCGCGUCCUGAUCGCCAUGUCCGCGCAGGCUUUGGCGCAGCUCAACGGCAUCAAUGUUAUUUCCUACUAUGCCCCCUUGGUGUUCGAGGCAAGUCGUAGUGCCGGUUGGGCUGGCCGUGAUGCAAUUUUGAUGACCGGGAUUAACGGAUUAACGUACCUAUUGAGUACUGUGCCGCCGUGGUAUCUGGUCGACCGCUGGGGUCGACGGCCAAUUCUCCUCUGGGGCGCCGUGGCCAUGAUCGUCUCGCUAUCGCUGAUCUCGUAUUGGAUUUAUAUCGAUAUUGCCGCCACGCCGACGCUGACAGUCAUCUUUGUAAUGAUCUACAAUGCGGCUUUCGGGGCAUCCUGGGGCCCCAUUCCGUGGCUCUACCCGCCGGAGAUUUUGCCCUUGAGUAUUCGUGCUAAAGGCGCUAGCCUGAGCACCGCCACGAACUGGGCAUUUAACUGGCUCGUGGGAGAGGUAACACCGGUCCUCCAAGCGGCAAUCAAGUGGCGGCUGUAUUUGGUGCAUGCCUUCUUCUGCGCAUGUAGUUUUGUGAUGGUCUACUUUCUCUACCCCGAAACAAGUGGGGUCCGCCUGGAGGAUAUGGACCUCUUGUUUGGAGAUGCAACAACAGCCAUGCCAACCCCCGCCACGGAUGGUGAGCGCGGGUCUCUGAUGGGUGCUGGCUCACCUGUCCCCUCGCUCGAUAUUCGUCGACCGUACGGCCAACUUGGGACCGAGAGCGCCAUCCCAGGGCUCGACAUCGACCCGCCGUCCCUAAGCAACUCCGGCCCCAGCAAAUCUGGACUCUCAGAUUCUCACCAAGGUAGUGCUGGCCGCGGUGAAGGGAUCGGGGGCUGGAUCUCGAACAUGGUUAGCCGACACCGGGGGCCAGGCGGCAAGAUCAGCAGCAGCCAGUACCGGCGCAUUGAGCAGGGAGAGGGCGAUGGGUCGUAA